GUCACAUGACCAUAAGUCAAAAAUGGUUUGCGUCUGGUUCUGCCUAUUGAAUGAUUCAUGAAUGAAAAUUAAUAAGAAUUAAGCACAACUUUGAUGCUGAAAGUCCGGUGAGAAGGCAAGUCAAAGACACGACUAGCGAGCCAAUGUUGUGACCAAUGCCCUUUUUUUUUUUACGGAUAGAAGCUUGGAGUGAAUGUAAUAUUUGUUACCGUUUGUUUUCCAUAAUAGUCCCUGUGGAUCCUUGAAUCAAACUGGAAGGAACUAACUCACACGUUGGCUAUCUGUUAGUGAUGUUUGCCACCGCCGUGUACAUGCUGGGGCGAUAUUUUCAACAAAGGUGACCAAAAAAGGGUCUCAAUCAUGAACGACUCGGACCAGGACUUUGUUGACCUCUGCUCAAAGCUGUUGAAACGUUCCCGCAAGAAAGAAGUUGAGCCAAAACAAAGGCGCGCAUUCCAGCAUACAUCAAUUCAGGCAAGCAAUGAAGACGAGAGAAGAAACAAGGAGGGCUCUCGGUCUCAUUGUGUCGGAGCCGAAUCACUGUAUGCUCGUAGCGAAGCGCAGCAGGUCGUGGGAAAAACGGGCAAGGGUGUGCACGAUUCAGCAGAUGCUGAGCUGGCUGAAAAGGGCAUGGGGGCGAAAGACAAAUUGCUCAGCAGGAUGCAACACUUCAAAAAAGCCGCUCUGCCUAUGAUGGUGCACAAUGUGGAGCAUAGCUGGCAUUCAUCUCCUCCACAGUCAGAAGUACUACAGUCCUCCACUUCAGGUCACCAUCUGAGGCCUCAGGACAGUGAUGAGGCUGUGGCCAUGCGGCUGCAGCAGCAACUUGACCGUGAGGCGACAGAGGUCCACUCACUGGACUUGGCAGCUGAGGGUCUCUUCUUCUGUCACAUCUGUCACAGAGCUUUAUCUCACAUGACACCUGAGGGGCGCACACAGCACAUCAACAGAUGUUUGGAUAACAGUGAGCAUCAAAUUGCUGCUCCUCCUCCACCUCCUCCGCCUCUGGGUGUCCCUGACUGUCCAAUUUGUGGUAAGAAAUUCAAGUCGCACAAGAGUCGCUGUGCCCACUUGAAGCGUUGCUCGGCAGUCAUGGGCGUCAGUCCUGCCGACCUGCUACAGGCUCUCCAGAGGCAGGCAGAGGAGAUGCAGCAUGCUGCUACCAACACACUCUCACAGACUGGAGGCACCAAAAGGAAAGGUGUAACUAAAGCCAGACGAGCAGAAAGGAAGAAACCCAGGAAAAACACCAAACUCCUGGAUGAAGACACCAUGGUGGCCCUGGCUCUGUCAUCCUCCCUGUUGGAACAGGAGAGGGAGCAGCUGAGUGUGGCAAAAACAGAGCCCAUCACCCCUGAUUUCUCCAUGGCUCCUGUGUUGAAGUGGAGGCCAAACGCAGGUAAGGGGCGUGGUAAGAAGAAAAAGGGUCCCGUCCCUCGUCCUCCUCCUAUCCUCCUUAUUCAGGAUGCCGAUGCGGCCCUGACAAGGCUGCAGGAACGUGUCUCUGCUCUCCUCUUACGCAGUAGAGCUCCAUCUCCACCUACCCCCACCCGCUAUCCCAGCACCUUGUCUGCCUUGAGCGGUGCUGCCCCCCUCUGGCAAAAGAGUGCACUGCUGAAUGGAAACACUAUGACUGUAUUGGACUUCUUCGUCCCAGAGCUCAAAGACUUCGUCACACCUUGGGAAUUAGAACAGACAGUCUGCGCUUCCUCCCACCGCAACGACAACCCUUGUUCUUCUGUCCAACCUGUGAGUCAAGGACCUGCUGUCAGCAGGGUCCUGUCACCAGCUACCUGCUCCUCAACUCCCUCCACUCCGGCCACGGAGCAGCUCCCAGCGAACAGUCAGACCCUGCAAGACCUGGUGAAGCUGUCUGAUGAAGAAAUGCCCAUAGCCCACGGUGACAACACUGCUCCUGGCCCUGGCAAAGACAACAAUACCAGUUUGUCUAAAAACUUCCAAGUGAGCGGCUUCUUUCUAGAGGAGACCGCUGACCUUUGUGUGAGUGAUGCCCUGCUGGAAACAACGUACACUGAUCCGAUUGACCUCCAGAGCCAAGUAGGAAGAUCCUUAUGUCAGCCAGGAGGAGCUAAGGAGCACAUCAGCCAUUUAUCAGAGGCGCUAUCAACCUUGGCAUCAAACCUGAGCAGCAUGGUGAACAAUCCUCAGCUCAGUGACUGGCAACUCCAGGUGGACAGUGGCCAAGUCUUCUUUGUCCAUUCCUUCAUGAUAUAUGCACGCUGUCCCCUCCUGGCAGAAAUGAUGCAUGAAAGUGGUUUUGGGGUGCACGAGGAGGGAAUGCCUGCAGCUCAAAGGGUGUUGAUCAGUGAUAUCCCAGGACAGGCGGUGUUGGUUCUGCUGCAGUACCUCUACACCGCUCACUUUUCCCUCCCGGCAUCAUUGCAUCCUCAUGUACUGGAGUUGGCAUCCAGGUUUGACUUACAGGAAUUGCGGUGGCUAUGUGAGCUUCCCCUGGAAGAGGCUUCAGCUCAGAAUGAUGAUGGAGCUGCCACAUGCUGCACGGAGCAUCUCAUUAAUGGCACAGAGACUGACUUAACGGCACUCUUCAACUCCAUGUGGAGCCACGAAGAGGAUGCGGACCGAGAAGGGGAUGACGAGAGAGGUCUCGAAAAAACUGCUGACGCCACAUUAGGUGACCGGGAGCUCAACGAGGAGCAGGUGAAUGAGGAAGAGCUGGAUGAGAUUUACGAGUUUGCUGCCACGCAGAGAAUGAGGGAUGAGGAGAAGACCGGCGUCGGAGAAAGCGAGGGAGAUGAUGGAGGGAUAUCAAACAAACUUACUGAACCAAGAAAGACGCCAGGAAGAGCUAGUGAUGAAAGCCCAGAGCCUAAAUCUGACACUCUUCCAGACCAGAGCCUGGAGAGCAGCUAUAAUCGCCUCUUCUCAGACUCUGAGGGGGUCUACAAAGAAGAUCAACCCUCCUUCUGUCCUCCUUCCUCUACUCCACCAAGAGCACACAUGCCACCUACUGCCUCAUUUAAAUUAUCUGGUAGAACCUUGCUUCAGUCCUCAGCAAGUUUAGGCAGUGACAUUUCCCCUAAUACAUCCAACUUGCCUGUCUCUGGUGUAUCCCCAUACCGGGAUGGUAAAGACAGGACUGUUGGUGUCAAGGAAAUAGUUACUUUUGAACAGAAACCUCCGAAAGAUCGUACGACUCGAAAGCCUCAAAGCCAAGUUUCUGAUCGUAUCCAUGUUUCGCUACUUUCUCAUUCACCCCUGAAAAGGGAACCAGAGCUGAUAGUUUUGUCAGACUCAAGCGAGGACAUGGAGGUAUCUGUGACUGAGCCCCGUGCCCAGAGUCCUGUCCUGUCUCAUUCACUAACCGAGCAUAGCUUCACUCACUUAAAGCCUAGAGAGCACUCUAUGGAGAAGAAACAGUCCAGAAAUUUGGAGUGUAGUGUAGUUGAUGUAAGUCCAUCUCCUGACCAACUUAGUCAAGUUGAUUGUUCUCCAGAGCUCUCCUGGCUCAUCCCCUCCACACCAGUCCACACCAGUCCCAGAAGAACAAGCAUGCAGAGUUCCCCUCAAACCAAAAGCAGCAUUUGUAGGACAACGCUGUUCCCAAAAGAGAAUAGUUCACCACCGUUUAGUAACAAAUCUAUGACUGACUGUAUUUCCACCUAUGUUGAACCAGUGGAAGGAAGUGGUGCUUUGCUGAAUCCAGCAAGAGCAGAAGUGGACUCAACAGUGUUUGCAGAGCUGAAGCUCUCGUACCUCUCAACCCUCUCUCAUCAUCUCCAUGAUUCCUCAAAGCAAGAGACGCCUCUCCAGCUCCACGUUGACCCUUAUAGCAGCACUCCCCUGCACUCAGAUGUCCUCCAGCACCACAUCCAGCCCGACACCUCACCGCUCUACACAGGGCCGAGCAACCAAAAGUCAUUUAGUCAAGAACACGAAAGCCUGGAGAAGAUGCAAUUGGAGAGCUUCCAUCACUCCCCUUUUUGUGACCCUUCAGAGCCAAAUUCUUCUCCCUCACACAAAAGUGUUCCAAGUUCAGAGAGACACAGUAAGUGCUCCAGUCUAAGUCCAGCUCGCUCCAUCAGACACAACAGCACAGGAUUUAAGACAACGAGGAGUGGAACAACAAGUGAGGAUGGAAAGAUUCCAGAGUUUGAUGAUGUUGACAGAGAAGAAGCGAGUGACAAAACUGGAUCUCCAGAUGCGAGUUUUGGGCAGAGCUUCCUUGUCAUGGAUGAGCCACCGAUAGCUUUCAACGACUCGUGGGGCCUCGACGCCUGCGAUGACGGAAACCCGGGACACUUCAGUCUGAGGCUAGAAGACAGCAGAGGAUGCAGCCGACCAGUGGACGCGUCUGCCUCAUGCACCACCUCUAUACCUCCGCCAUCUUGUCAAGAUGGUAUGAGUAGCUGCCAAGAACCCCAAAACCUAAGUUCACAGUCAUCUCCCAGUAAAGAAGGUGAGACCUUAAUGCGUUCAACACCUGAUCUCAUGACCUUCAAUCCACCAGAGAUAAGUGACAGCCUCCUGGUUGCAAACAUGCUGGACAACUCAGGGGAGGAAGAGGAGAUUCUUCCUCUUUCCCAGAGGCUAAACCCUUCUGCCCAACUAAAAACUCCAUCAUCUUCUCGCAAUAAAAGGCACCACACUCUGGUGCCCAUCACUCCAAUGCCUCACUACUCUGACAUGGAUACCCCGGAACUCAAGAACAAACUGAACAGGUUUGGUGUUCGAGCAUUACCAAAACGCCAGAUGAUCCUCAAGUUGAAGGAGAUCCACCAGUACACCCACCAGCUGGUCAACUCUGACUCUGAAGAUGAGGCACCUCGUGCAGGGCCUGCAGCCCAGACUAUGGCCCAUCCCUCCAAGUCAACGGCUGCUGUCGGCAGGCCUGUCUCCUCGCAACAGAAAGUCCUUUUUAAGGAGCCCACAGUACCUUCUUCCAUCUCUCCAGCAAAACACAACCUAGAGGAGGGGGACACGGAGCUGCUGUCCAACUCUCAAGACUCAAAUGCCUCUUCAGCCACUUCAAGUGAAGAAUCUGAAAGGCACAACCCAGAGCUGUGUCUUUCCUCUGGCGGCGACUCAGACAGCGACGGUGGCAUCUCAGCUUCCCAAGCGGCCACGCACCUCCAAGAUCGCCUGCAGGCCGUGCGCUCAUUCAUCCUGUCCGACUCUGACCUGUACACUCAGAUCCUUCAGUACCAGCCUCUGGUCCUGUCUCAACUCCAGGAGCGCCUGAAAGCGGCAGGCAUCCGCCUUAGUGCCGCCAAGCUGGUCAACUUUCUCGACUCCCAGUGCAUCACUUUCACCACAGCCAAACCGGGACAGGCUGCACCCACUCGCAGGCGCGUCCAGAAAACGGGCAAGAAGGCAGGGAGAUGAGUGACCGCAGCAGAACCGCCAAAGCGCUGAUUGUGGCAUCAAGCAGAAAAAGGGGUAGCGAAGAAGCUAUGGGAAAAAUGUGUCAAGAACUACAGUUGUUCCUUGAUGGAAAUUCAUUUGAAGACAAACAUAUUUCUUCUGGAUGUUUAAUUUUAUUUUGAGGAUUGUUUUUCAAAAAAAAAAAAUACAAGCUUGUGUAUACCUUUCCAUUCACAUUUCGAUAUGAAUUAUUCUGUGAGGAACAUGCUUUAGGUUGAAUGUAAAAACUACUUUUGAAUUCUUAUGACUGUCAAGGGACGGGGGUAAGGACGGAGGAAGAUUUUUUUUUUUUUCCUCUUCCCACAUCUCCAUGAAUAUGGAUAAAAUUAUGGCAUAAGAUGGAGGCGGGAAUCUAUAAAAUUGCAACUUUAAUGCUAAUCCUUAUGAAUUGUUUGGGGCAAGGUCUUUGCCGUACUGAUUGCCAUUCUAAUUCUGCUUUGAUGAUAAACUUAACAGUUCGACCAUUUUUGGCACCUUGAAAGAAGCAAGUACACAAAUGAAAAUCGGUGAGAAUGUUUUGAAAAUCAUUUUACUUGUGCUCUUCGGUAGAUUCAGAUCCAAAGAUGAGUUAGUAAAGUACAUAGAACAGAGCACACUUGAGGAACGAGGGAAGCUCUUUUUGAACAAGAAAAACAACUUCAAAUGCGCCAUUCAAGUAGAGAGAGCGGCCAUUUUGCAGCAACACAACAUCACAUCUUGGCUGUUUGGAGUGCUCAGUUCUCCUUAAAGCAGCAUGAAACUUCAGAUUUCAGAUCAAGCGCCAAAUGGUGGCCAAUGCUUCCCACGGAGCAUCCUGAAGCCUGAUGUGACUUUCCUUUCAACCCUGGUGGCGCCUUUGCUGAAGGAGCAUCGACACUUUGCUUCCUGACGUGUUUGAGCUCUUCAACGCAAUCAACACAGGUCUGCAAUGUUUGCAAGGAAGCGCUGAGCCCACCACUCCUCCAGGUCGAUGGGAACAAAGUCUGCGUGGAAACAAAAACAAGGUCAAAUGAUAAUCUUUUGUUACAUGGAAGCUCUACAUAUACAGUAAGUCAUUAUUAGUGUUUUGAAUGGUGGUCUAGUGCACUUUCCCAACCUAUUUUUGCCACAUAUUUUUUUUUUUUUUAAAUCACAUGGCAUACUACCAAACAAAAAUGUCACAAAAUGUAUGUACAGUAUCUGUAAAUAAUGAUCUGGCCUAAACUUAGUGUUAACUCUGUUCAGUUAACACAAAGCUAUUAUACUGUUGUAUGUAUGGUAAAAGGUACACAGUUUAACUGUUUCUUCUGCCAUCAAGAGGAAGAGCGUUUAAUUGUUCUGCCUUUCUGGUCAUUAUAAGUUGCUGGCACAUGGACUCUUUUCUGCGGAAUACCUGAUGAUCUGUCAAGGUACACAAAUGUGCCGCAGCAUCACUAGAUAAGUGGUUGUCUGCUUCACAGGUCUAAGAUUUGGGCUUCGAAUCCCAGCUACGGUCUUCCUGUGUGGACUUUUACCCCUCCUACAUUCGUGUGUUUAUGUUAAUAUCAGACUGUGACUUGUCUAUAGGUGUGAAUGUGAGUGAUUGGUUGGUUGGAUUUUGUGUGCUGCGAUUGGCUGAUAACCAGUGUGUACCCUGCCUCUUGCCCAAAGUCAGCUGGGAUCGGUUGUAGCCAUGCGGUACAGAAAAUAGAUGUAUCAAUGGAUGGAUUUCUCACAACUCAUGAGU